AUGUUCCGUCUCUUACUGCUUGCUCUGCUUUGCCAGAUCCCUGCAUAUUCUGGGUUUCCAUACUGGUUACAGACUAGGGUCGAAGUUACAGUCAUGGAUAAGUAUACUUCGUUAUACAACUACGAAAUCCAGGACCUCUUUAACGACUACGGUAAACGUCAUGGUAUCUCAUCAAGCGAUAUGCAUGUGCACCGCACCAAAAACUGUAAUGAAUCGUACAAUACCACCCGUAAUUUGUGA